CACUCCUCUGGGCUGUAGAUGUUCAAUGUGUUCUUUAAAGGUCAGCCUGUCACCCGUGAGAUCAGCAUGCAAGCAGCUGAGGCACUGUGCCAAAGACACACACCUGCAGGCAUGUAGACCAAGUACAUGGAUGUGAGCUGGGGACGAGACCCUGUAACUUGCCAGUUAGCCCCUGGCAUCACUUGACCAGACACAGCUACCUUUCUGGAUGCCCUCAACUUCUCUGACACUGGCUGACCCCUCCACUCUCAGUGAGCCCUCUGUCUUUGAGAAGCCCACAGGGGUGCUCGCUUUACAGGAGGCUUCAACAUCUAUGCCAGGCUGAUUGGACUCACAAUGGUGCUGGGGACAACCUCAACAGUCUACAACUUCAGUUAUAUUUGGGACUAUAUAGUCUACCCUAAUGGAGUGGCAGAGGCCUAGACACACACUAUCAGCUAUGUACACACCAUUGUCUAUAAUCCUGAGGGGCUGGACAGCACCCACCUACUUACAAAUAUCUACCCCAACCUAGAGCAUCACUGAAUUGGCCUGGAUGUGGCAUAUCUGGUGGCCUUCCUGUACAUCCUAGAUUAUAGGGAUGUUUCCAACACAGCUGCACUUUGGGAAUUCCAUGGGCUUCCUGCUCCAGUCAUUUCACGUUUUCCAUGGCAUCAAGAAACACCCAGAUACACUGGCCACAGCUUCAUCAGGCUGGAGAUCCUUCUGGAUCAUGGGAGCACAGACAUCCAGGACUGGAGAGUGGAGCAGCUCUGGAAUAAUGGCGAGUUCUACAACAACCCAGAGGAACUGGAUCAGAAAUAUGCACAAGGAGAAGUGGACAUAGUGGUCCUUGAGGAACCACUGCCCGAGAACACAGGCAAUGGGGACCAAGAUGCACAUCUGGAUACAUCCAAACCACCUCCUACACUUCCAAUGGUUUGUGCCAUGGUGCUCGCCUGCAUAUUCACCUUUACUUGGCAACAUCCGUGCCCACCUAGCACAGCACUCAGUGUGUUGGCCUCGGUGUGGCAAGUAGGACUCAACAUCACACCCUAG